GGAACGGAGCGGGGGCGCUUUCAGGAACCCGGGCUGCUGGACCCCUCCGCGCUGCGCGACGGGCGCGGGGCCAUGGAGUGAAACGUCACCCCGUCCCAGAAGGGACAGCAAAAUGGCCCAAGAAGUCAGUCUGGACUCCCUGCAGGAGCUGGAGCAGGAGGCGGUCCUCCGGGUGCUGCACCGGGACCGGGCGGUGCAGAGCAUCGAGGAGGAGCGGGUCCGGAAGCUGAAGGCGCACCUGCAGCAUCUCCGGUGGAAAGGCGGGAAGAGCCCGGGCCAGGGGCACCAGGAGAAGGUGUGUGCCCACUGCCGGCGGGCGCUGGGGCUGCUGCUGGACCAGGGCGCCGUGUGCCAGGGCUGCAGCCACUGCGUGUGCUCCAGGUGCCGCGUGUUCCUGAGCAGGACCCACCUCUGGAGGUGCACCGUGUGCUACGAGGGCAGAAACGUGAGGAUAAAAUCCGGAGAAUGGUUCUUCGAGGAACGGGCCAAGAAAUUCCCAACUGAAGGCAGGUGCGAGACCGCCGGGGCUAAGCUCCUGCAAUCUUACCAGAGACUGAGCAGCAAAAUUUCCGUGGUUCCUCCCACCCCACCUCCGCUCAGUGAGAGCUGGUGCAGUGGCAGCCCUGGCAGGUUACAGGAACUUGGUCAGUUUAAAGGAUUUAAUAAGUCCGUGGAAAAUUUGUUUCUGUCUGUUACCACCCACAUGAAAAAACUCUCCAAGUCCCAGAACGACAUGACCUCGGACAAGCAGCUCCUCAGCACGGGCCCCAGGCCGGGCGCCAGCCGGACGGAGCGGCGGAGCCAGAGUGACACGGCCAUCAACGCCACCACCAGGAAGGUCAGCGCGCCCGAUAUCCUGAUGCCACUCAGCCAGGAGAGUCCCAAACGCGCUACCAGCCCUGUUUCCAAGCAAGGAGGCCUCUCAGCACCCCCAGCGCCCAGCUCUUCAUGCUCAGGAGGCUCGAGGCGGGGAAGUUUAAUCAGCAUUAAUAGCACUUGCACGGAGAUUGGCAAUUUUGACAACGCUGAUGUCACUGGAGAGAUAGAAUUUGCCAUUCGCUAUUGCUUCGAAACCCGUUCUUUGGAAAUAUGCAUCCAGGGCUGCAAGAACCUUGCUUACGGAGAGGAGAGGAAGAAGAAGUGCAACCCGUACGUGAAGACCUACCUGCUGCCUGAUAGGUCGGCCCAGGGCAAACGCAAGACAGGAGUCCAGAGGAACACGGUGGACCCGACCUUCCAGGAGACCUUGAAGUACCAGGUGGAGCUGGCCCAGCUGGUGACCCGGCGGCUGCAGGUGUCCGUGUGGCACGUGGGCACGCUCACCCGGAGGGUGUUCCUCGGAGAAGUCAUCGUCCCUCUGGCCACGUGGGACUUUGCAGACAGCGCCACACAGUCCUUGCGCUGGCACCCGCUGCGGGCCAAGUGAUGUCAGGUCGGGACUGGGGCCCCCUCCCACCGGGAGCGCUUUUCCGAGGGAUCCGAGAGGAGAGGACCCCCCAAGAAACCUUGGGCCCGGUGACUGUGCCACGGGCCAGGCGGUUCAGUAGCAGCGUUCGCCCUGGCCGCGUGCGCAGGUGGUGGGAGCAGCGUCCCCGUGCGCCAGGGUUGCAGGUUUGAGUCCCAGUCGGCACACAUACAAGUCUCAGCCAAUGAGCAUAACUAAGGGGAGCAACAAUUCUCUCUCCCUCUUUCUCUCAAAUCAAUAAAAAUAAACAGCAGCUUUC